AUCCUGGUCGAGUGAACGUCACCUGACUCUCUCCAAAUACCGCUCAACGCUGUUGAAUUUAUUUUCAUGUCUGAAAGGCUUUUGAUAUUCUCGCGAGACGUCGACAGGUUGUCGGCUCCCCCCGUCGUUGCAAUGGAUAUUUCAAACGCAGAGACUACCAGGGCCGACUCCAAGGCCGACUCCAAGGCCGACUCCAAGGCCGACCUAAAGACCGAAUCCAAAUCCGACAAAGAGUAUGAGACGGGUGCCCUGGAGCAUUUGGACUCGGACAAGCAGGCCCCUCCCUAUGUCCAAAACGCUCCUACCGAGGGUCGGCGGGCGGCGGCAGAGAAGACGUUCGUAAGGAAGAUCGAUUUGAGACUCAUGCCCAUGAUUGUCCUCAUGUACAUCAUGAACUACCUGGACCGCAACAAUAUUGCAGCGGCUCGAUUGGGAGCUCUUGAAGAGGAUUUGAAUCUACAGGGCAACGAUGUCUAG